AUGGAUCGAGCAGCUGGAUCAAUCUCACAUCCGCCAUACUUUGAUGGUGAGAACUAUGCUGCUUGGAAAGCAAAGAUGAAGGCGUUUCUUUGGUCACUAGAUGCUUGUGUUUGGAACACGGUAGUUUUUGGUUACUCUUCUCCAACCAAAACUAUAAUAAACAAAUCAAAGACAAUGUCUGAUGAAGGUAAGGGAGAUGGUGAUGUUGUCACUGAGGAAGUUGUUUUCAAACCUCAUGAAGAAUGGACACUAGCUGAGCAAACUCACUCCAUGAAUAAUCAAAAAGGAUUAAAUGCUCUAUUUACUGCCUUAUCUCCUGAUCAAUUCUCUAAUAUUUCAAAUUGUGAGACCUCCAAGGAGGCUUGGGAUAUCUUGCAGGUCACAUAUGAAGGAACAAAUGCUGUUAAAGAGUCAAAGCUUCAAAGAAUGGAAGAAGAUGAAACCUUUUCUGAUUUCUAUGCUAAGUUAAAUAUUAUUGUCAAUGCUUGUGCUAAUCUUGGAGAUAAAAUUCCUGAAUCUAGAGUUGUCAAAAAGGUACUUAGAUCACUACCUACUAGGUUUCAACCUAAGAAAACUGCAAUUGAAGAAGUUAGGGACCUAAACACAAUGAAAAUUGCAGAAUUAGUUGGGUCUUUGAAAACCUAUGAAAUGGAACUUCCUACUGUGAAAAGGAGUAAAAACAUUGCUCUAAAAGCUGUAAAAGAAGAAUGUGAAGAAAGUGAGGAAAUUGGUGAUGAGGAAUUUGCUCUAAUCACUAGACAGUUUCAAAAAUUUCUCAAGAGUAAAAACUUUAAGGGAAAAGGAACGAGUUCAGGAUCUAAACCCUUUAAGUCAAACAAUUUUAAUUCUGAAAAAGGUUCCAGACUUGUUAAACAAACUGAGGGUCGAAAAUGUUAUGAAUGUCAGGGUUUUGGACAUGAGGCAAAAGAAUGUGCUAAUACCUUGAAGAAAUUAAAAUCUGAAAAAAACAAAGCCAUGAAGAGUACUUGGAGUGAUAGUGAUCAAUCAGAUUCAGAUUCGGACAGUGAGGUAGUUGCAUUUGUGGGAUUUGCAAAUAUCAAUGAUCUAGAGGAAUCUGAUAGUCAGGAGCUUGAUGCGGAAGAAAUACUUCAAAAAUAUAAUGAACUUUAUCAUGUCUCUGUCAAAAUUAGAAAGCAUAGUUCUGAUAUGAAAGAAAAAUUGAAAAAUCUGGAAACUGAGAAAAGUAAGAUCGAAACUAUGUUUCAAUCUCGUUUGUCUGAACUUGAGAAAGAAAACAAGUCACUGACUUCACAACUUGAGGCUUCUAAAGAAAAAAUCAUAAGAUUAACCAUUGGCGCAGAAAAGAUUGACAAAAUGCUCAGUAUUGGAAAAUCCAGUGGAGAUAAAACUGGUUUGGGUUUUGAUGGUUCUACCAAUAGUUCUUCGGGAACAACAUUUGUGAAAGCUUCAGGUACGUAUGCUAUGCCUAAGACUUGUGUUCUUACCUGUCAUGCUUGCGGUGAGGUAGGUCAUAUUCGACCUUUUUGUGACAAAAAAUAUUUGAAUCAUUCUGAUACGUUUUCUAUUGGUGCAGCACGUACACAACUCUCAAAUCUCUUGAGAGAAGCGAAUAGGUUGUCUAAACUUGUUCAUAUUCCAAAUUCAUGGUUGCCUAAGAUGAAACUUGUGUGGAGAGAAAAGAAAAGGACUAAAUCAGUGAAUGAAUCACAUUGUUGUUUACUUACUCAUUCUUCCAUUAAGUCCAAUGAUUUCAAAUGCUUUGUUGCCUUUACUGCCUUGGAUUCUUGCAACCCUAACAAGUGGUACUUUGACAGUGGUUGUUCAAGGCAUAUGACAGGUGAUAAGCGUUGGUUUCAGACGUUCUCAGAUAAAAAGGUAAGAGGCACGGUAACCUUUGGUGAUGGUAAGAAAGCCAAGGUUUCAGGUGAAGGUACGGUUACAGCACCUGGUUUACCUGCUUUGCAUAAUGUUUUACUUGUUGAAAACCUUACUGCAAACCUUAUGAGUAUUAGUCAACUAUGUGAUGAUUUUGGUCAGGUUAUAUUUGAUGAAAUUGAAUGCAUAGUAAGUACAAAAACAGGUGAAAAGGUCAUUUGUGGACCAAGGUCUGAUGAUAAUUGCUAUUGUGCUAUGGCUAAUGGUUUGAAUGUUUGCUACAGGGUUGAAAACAAUAUUACUAAUCUAUGGCAUCGAAGAUUAGGACACAUGAAUUUCAGAGAUCUAUUCAAAAUUUCAAAGAAAGAAUAUGUAAGGGGGCUGCCCACAUUAAGUGGAAAACAAGAAAGAGUUUGUGGUGAUUGUCAAAUAGGAAAGCAGACCAAAAGUUCACACAGUCCCACCAACUUCGCAUCCACAUCAAAACCACUGGAACUUAUGCAUAUGGACUUGGUUGGUCCAAUGCAAACUUUAAGUUUGGGAGGUAAAAAGUAUAUAUUGGUUCUUGUGGAUGAUUUUACUCGCUUUACCUGGGUUGCUUUCUUGCAUGAUAAAUCUGAAGCAUUUAAAUCUUUCUCUGUUUUAUGCAUGAAAAUUCAGAAUGAAAAACAUGAUAACCUCAUUAGACUAAGGACAGAUCAUGGGACAGAAUUUGAAAAUCAUCUAUUUUCUGAAUUUUGUGAUGAACAAGGUAUUUCACAUGAGUUUUCUGCUCCUAUUACACCUCAACAAAAUGGGGUGGUUGAAAGGAAAAAUAGAGUCUUGCUUGACAUGAGUAGAGUAAUGCUUAAUUCUGCAAAUUUGGCAAAACAUUUUUGGGCUGAGGCUAUAAGUUCUGCUUGCUAUACUGCUAACAGAGUUUAUUUAAGACCAAAGUCAAAAGCAACUCCUUAUGAACUUUGGAAAGGAAAGAAGCCUAAUGUGAGUCAUUUGAGAGUCUUUGGGAGUACAUGUUAUAUAUACAAAGAUAGGGAACAUCUCUCUAAAUUUGACUCUAGAAGUGACAUUGGUAUUUUUCUUGGUUAUUCUUUAACUAGCAAGGCAUAUAGGGUCUACAACAUUCGAACUAAGUCUGUAAUGGAGUCUAUAAAUGUUGUGAUUAAUGAUUCUGAUUUGAAGCAGGUCAAACAGAUAAAUGAUGAUGAUGAUCUUACUGGAAUGCAAACAGAGCAUAGGUGUGAUCAAGUUCAAGCAGCGAAUGACGCUUUCAGUAUCACAAACUCAGAAGACAUCCAUGACACAUCAUCUCAAACACUUAGAAUUGGAGCUAAGCAAGUAAAAAGAGAUCACAAGCCAGAAAACAUCAUUGGGAAGCUUCAUGAUAAAAUGAGAACUCGAAGUCAAGAUGUUGAAGAAAUAAGCUACUUGUGUUAUGUCUCUCAAAUUGAGCCAAAAAAUGUCAAAGAAGCCAUAGUUGACAAUGAUUGGAUCUUAGCUAUUCAAGAAGAGUUAAACCAGUUCGAAAGGAAUGAUGUUUGGUAUUUAGUUCCCCGGCCUAAGGAUGCAAAUGUUAUUGGUACAAAGUGGAUUUUCAGAAACAAGACUGACGAGAAAGGGAAGGUAAUUCGCAAUAAAGCUAGAUUGGUUGCUCAAGGUUACACUCAAGUGGAAGGACUCGACUUUGAUGAAACUUUUGCUCCCGUAGCAAGAUUGGAAUCAGUAAGAUUGCUGCUAGCAAUUGCAUGCCAUCUCAGGAUCAAGUUGUACCAAAUGGAUGUCAAAAGUGCGUUUCUGAAUGGAGUCUUGCAGGAAGAAGUUUACGUGGAACAGCCAGCUGGAUUCAAAGAUCAUUUUUAUCCUGAUCAUGUUUACCGACUAAAGAAAGCAUUGUAUGGUUUGAAACAGGCACCCCGGACUUGGUAUGAGAGGUUGUCAUCUUAUUUGCUUCAAAAUGACUACACCAGAGGAGCAAUUGACAAAACUUUGUUUGUCAAACGGGUUCAACAACUUAAAGAUGGGAUGUUUCUGUCCCAAACAAAAUAUGCAAAGGAUCUUGUCACUAAGUUUGGUUUGGAAAGUGCCAAACCCGUGAGAAAUCCUAUGAGCACCACAGAGAAGCUCCACAAAGAUCCCACUGGAGAACAAAUUGAUCAAAAGUUGUAUAGAAGCAUGAUAGGGAGUUUACUAUACCUUACUGCUAGUCGUCCCGACAUUUCCUUUAGUGUUGGUGUUUGUGCAAGAUUUCAAGCAUGUCCUAAACAAUCACAUUUGGCUGCUGUUAAAAGAAUAAUACGAUAUAUAAGUGGGACUUUACACUUUGGAAUUCAUUAUUCCUUUGACUCAAAUGUGGAAAUUGCAGGAUUUUCGGAUGCAGAUUGGGCUGGUAAUAUAGAUGAUAGAAAGAGCACUUCAGGAGGUUGCUUUUAUCUAGGAAACAACUUAGUUGCGUGGCAUAGUAAGAAACAAAACUGUGUCUCACUCUCCACCGCCGAGGCUGAAUACAUCGCUGCUGGUAGCUGCUGCACACAACUGUUAUGGAUGAAGCAGAUGUUGUGUGACUAUGGUAUAGUACAAGGUACGUUGAUAAUUUUUUGCGAUAACCAAAGUGCAAUUAAUAUCUCAAAGAAUCCUGUUGAGCACUCUCGCACUAAACACAUUGAUAUACGGCAUCACUUUAUACGUGAUCUUGUAGAAGAUGAUCUUCUUGCAUUGGAAUAUAUUCCCACUGAUAAACAACUUGCUGAUAUCUUCACAAAACCACUGGAUAAUCAUCGAUAUGAACAUCUCAGACAAUCCAUUGGUGUGUGCUCCAUUGCCUGA